AUGAGUGACAAGAACCUUCUCCUGAUUGGAAAGUUGAUGCAGACCACCUUUGCCCUGCGGCGCAAAGAGGUCAUUGAUGAUGAGCCACCUGUCGGUGAGAUCCUGGAACGCUGGCCUGCCCUCAAAAUUGAGUCACAGAUCUGUGCAGAGUUUCACAGAAUCUCAAACGUCAACCUGAAGAACUGCUUCUUUGCUGAGUUGGAUCAACACACCCCCCGUUUUCUGAGCUUGUUCAGGAAGAGAGCUGCACGCACAGGGAAAGUAGCAGAAGUCCUCAGUGAGAUCUUCAGGAUUUAUGACCUCCAGGAACAAGUUGACGUCCAUGUCAGACGUGCUGCUGUCCUCCGUGGUCUCCCUGCAUAUUUGCAUGAGGAUGACUCUGGAUUUCUGAAGCAAUGGGAUAUGUCGCAGUCUGACGAACCAAACAUCGACGACGUACCAGUUGGGCUCCUCUUGAUCAGUGCCUAUUCAACAGAUGCUACAUUCUUCUGCCCAGAGAGGAUUGCAGUCGUGCUUGAGGGUACCAUGGUUAUUGAUCUCCCCACAUUCGCUGAUGCAUUUGUCAUGCUUUUUGCACUCAUUUAUGCGCUGCAUCUAAGUUACCCAAAAGCCUUGGCCAAUACAUUUGACUUUACCCAGAAAGUCUUGAUGGGCCUGGAGGAUGGGAAGCUGAAGCCUAGGGUGUUGAGCCUUAAAAAUGCCAUUUUGGCAGUGGAGUAA